GAGGCCGAGGGAAAUGAGGCGGAGGCCGCCGAGAAGCGAGGAGCCCCGCCCCUCCACCAUAGCGGCCUCCCAGUGCCGCCUCUUCCGUUACAGCCUCCCGCCCUCCCCUGCCUUCCGGCCCUAGGCCGGGCCAGGCCUCGCUGGCCCCCUCGAGAGUAACCUCUGAGCCGUGGCCCCUUUGGGGAGAGGAGAUGCCCAAUCCCCGCUUGGGACUGUGUCCGAAAGGAAAGGGCUAGAACGGGCUUCGGACCCGGCUAGGCUGGCAGAAGGCGGCCCCUGCCUCGCGGCGGCCAACAAGGCCUCUGGUCCUGAGGACCCUGGGUCCGAACACCACCACCCACCCCCCCGCCCGCCCGCCCGCCCCCGAGGAUGUUAGUCUUACCCAGAGAGUCCUGGGCUCCGAUUCAACAGGUUUUCCUAUUUGCUCAGAUAGGGCCCUCCCUGACUUAAGCAUAGCCAGCAAGAGCAUGCGCUGUCAUUGGACAAGUCCUGGGCUGGGAGUUGGGAGACCCUGGUUGUAAUUCUGGCUCUGAAAGAGCGCAUCCCCUUUGGCAGGAGUGACGGCUGGUGGAAAGAUUGAUGUUUCAGACAAAAAAAAAAAAAAAAAAGACAUUCUCCUUAAAUAUAGCCUUGGGAGUCCCACUUGACCCCAGUGAGCCUCAGUUUCCACAUCCAUAAAAUGGCGAUGGCUACAAGUCUUCUGUGAUCGCUGGGUCUAGAGCGUGACUCUGGAGAAAGGAAAGGAAGAAUGGAAGCCUGGUGAAGAGGCAGAGAAGCCUGAGGGAGUUCAGCCCUGGCAGCAGCCCCCCUGAAUUCCUGGUGGUGAGAGGAUGUGGCCCCUGGACACAUCCCGGAAAGAGGUCCUGGGGUUUGCAGUCAGCUGCCGUGUCCUGACUCUGGUGCUGCAGGCUCUCUUCAAUGCCAUCAUCCCAGACCAUCAUGCAGAAGCCUUCUCUCCUCCUCGCCUCGCCCCCUCCGGCUCUGUGGACCAACUUGUGGAAAGUCUCCUGGGCGGCCUAUCUCACUGGGAUGCCGAACACUUCCUGUUCAUUGCUGAGCAUGGCUACCUGUAUGAGCACAACUUUGCCUUCUUCCCUGGUUUCCCCCUGGUCCUGUUGGUGGGGACUGAAUUGCUGAGACCCCUGUGGGGGUUACUGAGCCUACGGAGUUGCCUGCUAAUCUCAGUAGCAUCGCUCAAUUCCUUGUUCUCCGUGCUGGCCGCACUUGCGCUUCAUGACCUGGGCUGUCUGGUUUUGCGCUGUCCCCGCCAGGCUUUUUAUGGAGCGCUGCUCUUCUGCCUCAGCCCCGCCAAUGUCUUCCUGGCGGCUGGCUACUCAGAAGCUUUGUUUGCCCUCCUGACAUUCAGCGCCCUGGGGCAGCUGGAAAGGGGCCGAAGCUGGACUAGUGGGCUCCUCUUUGCCCUUGCCACGGGCGUGCGCUCCAACGGGCUGGUCAACGUUGGCUUCCUCGUGCAUUCUCAGUGCCGAGGCUUUUUCUCUUCUCUCGUGGUGCGGAAUCCUCUGAGACAGCUCCUGAAGCUGAUGGGCUCUGUGUUCCUGUCAGUGCUCACACUUAGCCUUCCCUUUGCCCUCUUUCAAUAUUACGCCUAUACCCAGUUCUGUCUGCCAGGCUCAGCCUACCCCAUUCCUGAGCCCUUGCUGCAAUUAGCUGUGGACAAGGGCUACCGAAUCAUAGAGGGAAAUGAGCCGCCUUGGUGCUCCUGGGAACUUCCCCUAAUAUACAGCUACAUCCAGGAUAUCUAUUGGAAUGUUGGCUUUUUGAGAUACUAUGAACUCAAGCAGGUGCCCAAUUUUCUACUGGCUGCACCAAUGGCUAUACUGGUUGCCUGGGCAACUUGGACAUAUGUGACCACCCAUCCUUGGCUCUGCCUUACACUUGGGAUGCAAAGGAGCAAGAACAGAGAGACCCCAGAGAAGCCUGAUCCUGGAUUCCUCAGUCCUCGGGUGUUUGUGUACCUGGUCCACGCUGCAGUGCUGCUGCUGUUUGGCAGUCUGUGCAUGCAUGUUCAGGUUCUCACCAGGUUUUUAUGCUCCUCCACUCCUGUUGUGUACUGGUUUUCAGCUCACUUGCUUCAGGAUCAAGAACCGCUGCUGAGAUCCCUAGAGACUGUGCCUUGGAAGCCUCUUUCAGGGGACUCCCCACCAGGACAAAAGGUCCCCAGAAACUCUAUCAUGGGACUCUUGUACAACUGGAAAACUUGUUCUCUGGUCACACGAUGCAUUCUAGGCUACUUCCUGACUUACUGGCUCCUGGGACUACUCCUGCAUUGCAACUUCCUACCUUGGACAUGACCUGGAGACUUAGGGGACAGGCUUGAAGCAGACUUAACCAGGGUCUGAAAGUACAAAUACAUGCUGGGACUGCCUGUGCUGCCCUGGAACCCUUACUCUGCCCUGUUAGAACCUCUCUCUCCUUGAAGGUUGGUUAGGAAUGGGAGAAGUGUGAGCCUCUAGAGAGCCCCUUCUGGUCCUGGCUAUGGCAGAUUUUAGGGUAGUAACUAUUUUCUCUGUAAAUGAAGAAAUAUUCUUCCAGGUCUAAAGCAUACCUGGAUCUGUCUUGUCAAUCAACCAUAGCAGAGGUAGUCUUAAACUUAACCACCUACCCACACGUAAAUUUAAAUGUAAAUUAUUUAAAUGUGAAUUUCAUCAAAGGCUCUAGGUGACAAGCUGGUCAUCGUCCACACAGUGAUGGUGGAGGCCUGGACAGUGUAGCCUAAGUAAGAUGGGACCAUCUUUCCUAAAUGGGACAUUGUUUCUGAUGAUUUUUUUCAUGAUUUGUUCACUUAUUUAUAUGAAAAACCUUACAAAGAUAUGCAAAUUAAACAACUUUUGAUUAUAUCUGCAAUUAAUUACCUUUUUAUUUUAAAAAUUAUUUUAUUUUAUUUUAUUGGCUGCACGGCUUGCGGGAGCUUAGUUCCCUGACCAGGGAUUAAACCUGGUCCACAGCAGUGAAAGCACC